GGUCACAGAGCAGAUGAAGAUGGCCUCCUCCUCCUCGUCCUCGUCCUCCUCCUCCUCUUCGUCCUCCUCCUGCUCCUCCAGCCUCCGGCGCCUCCUGCUGCUGCUCCUCUUCCUCAGCGCCUCCUUCAGCGGCUGCUGCUCCUCCAGCCAGAGAGACGCCAAGCUGCGGCUGCUGCUGCAGCAGCAACGCAGCCCGCUGCUCGCAUCCAAACAGGACAUGUCCCGGUCCCCCCUGGCCGAGCUGCUGCUGCAGGACCUGCUGCAGGUGGAGAACGAGGCCCUGCAGGAGCAGAGCUUCCCCCUGGGUCCCGGUGCCGGGGCCGGGUCCGAGCCCGAGGACCUGGGCCUGGACCUGGAGCGGUCCGCCGGCGCCGGGCCGCUGCUCGCCCCCCGCGAGAGGAAGGCCGGCUGCAAGAACUUCUUCUGGAAGACCUUCACGUCCUGCUGAGGCCCCGCCCCCAAACGCUGUACAGGAAGUAGCUAGCGCGGAAACCACAUGUUUAGAUUUUCUGAUUCAGUCUGAAUGUAAAACUUGAUGAAAGUAUUUUUAAUUGUUGGUUUGAAUAAAAUUGAUUU